CUUUUCUGUUAAACAUUUUUCUCUCCCCCUGUAAACAUGAUUUCAGCGGUUAAAUUGCAGAAUAUCCUAUUUUGCCUCUCUGUUACCUUAAAAUUUUUGGCCUUAGCUCAACCAGAAAACCAGUUCAUCUACCAUGGCUUCAAUGGAGCUAACCUAAAUCUUAAUGGAGCUGCAAAAGUCCAUUCAAAUGGUCUGCUAGAGCUAACAAACAUUUCAUACCAGCAAAUUGGUCGUGCUUUCUUUCCAAUACCUUUCAACUUUAGUAAAUCUUUCUCCAACAGUUCCCAUUCCCAGUCAUCUUUCUCAUUUUCUACUAACUUUGCGUUUGCUAUUGUUCCUGAGAGGCCUGAUCUUGGCGGCCAUGGAAUUGCGUUCACUAUUUCUCCAUCUGUGCAGUUCACAGGAGCAUUAGCAACGCAAUAUUUCGGACUAUUUAAUUCUACAAGCAAUGGCUUGUCUUCAAACCAUGUAUUUGCUGUUGAGCUUGAUACUCUACUUACUACUGAAUUUGGAGAGAAAGAUGACAAUCAUGUUGGUAUUGAUGUGAAUGGCUUGACAUCAAAUGCAUCAGCUCUUGUAGCUUACUAUUCGGAAGAAGAAAGGCAAAAUAAGAACUUGAAGCUCAUUAGUGGAAAUGAAAUGCAAGUUUGGAUUGAUUAUGAUGAUGUAGAGAAGUUAAUCAAUGUUACCUUAGCUCCUAUAGCAAUCAAGAAACCAGAAAAGCCUCUCUUGUCAAGAAAACUUGAUCUUUCUCUAAUUUUCUUGGAUUCUAUGUAUAUUGGGUUUUCUUCUUCUACAGGAGCAGUGGCAAGCCACCAUUAUAUUCUUGGAUGGAGCUUCAACAAAAAUGGGCAAGCUCAAAAUCUUGAUAUCUCAAAACUUCCCCCACUUCCUUCUCAAAGAAAUUCGACCAAAACACGAAAUUUAAGAAUUAUAAUCGCAUCAGUAACAGCGAUUAUUUUACUGAUGCUAAUAACUGGAGCUGUUUAUAUAGUUAGGAGGAAAAAAUAUGAAGAACUGCGUGAAGAUUGGGAAAAAGAAUAUGGUCCUCAAAGAUUUUCUUAUGAAGAACUUUAUAAAGCAACGAAAGGUUUCAAAGACAAAGAAUUACUAGGAUUUGGGGGUUUUGGAAGGGUUUAUAGAGGAGUUUUACCUUCGUCAAAUACACAAGUUGCUGUCAAGAAAGUAUCUCAUGGUUCUCAACGAGGAAUGAAAGAAUUUGUAGCUGAAAUUGUUAGUAUGGGGAGGCUAAGGCAUAGGAACUUAGUACAACUCUUAGGCUACUGUCGAAGAAAAGGAGAGUUGCUCUUAGUAUAUGAUUAUAUGCCUAACGGAAGUCUUGACAAAUUUCUAUUUCGCAGAAACACACCCACUCUAAAUUGGGUUCAGAGAUAUCAGAUUCUAAAAGGAGUUGCAUCUGCACUUGUUUAUCUGCAUGAAGAAUGGGAACAAGUUGUUAUACACAGAGAUGUGAAAGCUAGCAAUGUUCUAUUAGAUGCUGAUCUUAAUGGAAGAUUAGGAGAUUUUGGACUUGCAAAGCUUUACGAUCGUGGAUCGACACCUCAAACAACUUGCAUAGUUGGAACUGUUGGAUAUCUAGCACCAGAAGUUACAAGAACUGGAAAGGCUACUACAAGCAGUGAUGUUUUUGCUUUUGGAACUUUUAUGCUUGAAGUAGCUUGUGGAAGGAAGCCUGUAGAAGCAGAAAGACAGGGCGAAGAGAUUAUUUUAGUAGAUUGGGUUCUUGAUUGUUACAGAAGAGGAGUAAUUCUUGAAACAAGUGAUCCUAAAUUACAAGGUAAUUAUAUAGUUGAAGAAAUGGAAUUGGUUUUGAAGCUGGGUCUUCUUUGUGUUCAUCCUAUACCAGCAGCUAGGCCUAUUAUGAGGCAAGUAAUCCAAUAUCUUGAUGGAGAUGCUAUCUUACCGCAAGCACCAAUGGAUGGUUUUGCUAUUGGUUUGAUUACAGUUAGCCAAGAAGCUGCUAGAGAUUGCAGUUUGUCAUUUCCUGAAUCUAAUGACUAUUCUGGUUUGUCUAGCACAGAUUCUAUACUUAGCUAUGGUCGUUGAAUCUGCAAAACUUGUAGCCUAAUUAGCUAAACCUUCUUUAAGUUCAGAGAAAAAAAAUUUCUUUAGCAGAAUAUAUUGUGCAUAUUUUUGCUGCUGAUUCUGAG